AUGCAGAAGAUCAUUCGGAGAACGGCUCUGGCCCGGAAUCAGGCCCAGCGGAAAGCGAUCAGGGCCACGAAAAAGGCGGAAAGGGAGGACCUGAAGGACCACCUCCGGAACAAGUUCGCCUACAACCGCAUCGAGAUCGAUAACGUCCGCAACGAGAGACAACGCCGCCGGGAGGACUGGCUGCGCGGACCGCUCGCUCCGCAGCGCGAUGCCGGCCUGUCUGGGAAAUACUUUGGCGCGCUGAGCCCGCACGCCAUGAGCCCGACGUCGAUUCCGAAGCAUCUCCGGAGAAAAUACAUCAACAUUGCUCCUGGCGAUCGGGUGUGUGUCAUGAAGGGCAAGGACAAGGGCAAAAUCAACGAGGUCAUCCGCGUGGACCCGGAGAAUGAGACGGUGACCGUCAAGGACCUCAAUAUCGCCGACGUGUACAUGCCCGAAUGGCUGGGCGCCCAGUACGGCAACAAAUCCCCCUUCCACUCCAUGAACAUCCCUCUCUCGAUCGACGACGUACGACUCGUUGUGGCCCUCGACGACCCGGCGACCGGCACCACGCGCGACGUCCUGGUCGAGCAUGUUUACGGCGGCGAGCCCAUCAUGGAGCGGGAGCCCGGCACUAGCACCCCACGACACACGCGCUACAUCGCCGGCGAAGACAUCGAGAUUCCAUGGCCGCGCAGCGAACCGGCGCAGACCAAGGACGAGGAGUGGGACACGCUGCGGAUGGAGGUCGAGACCCCGACGUGGAUGCCGUCGCUGCUCUCAGCACCCUUCCCGCCUAGUGUCAUGGAUGAGCUGCGGAAUAAGUUCUCCAAGUACCGCACGCGGCACGAUCCCGAAUGGGUGGAGCAGAAGAAGCUGGAAGAUUACAGAAAGGAAUACCUUCAAAGCAGGUCUUUGUUGACGCCCAAGGGCGAGCUGAUGGCCCGCAUCCAGGCCAACAAGCAGGAGCGGCUGAACGCGCGGAAGGACGAGGAUGGCAACCUGAUCAUGGAUGAUCAGACGGUCGGGUUUAUCGAGAGUUUCAUGAAGGAGAAUGCGGCGAAGCGGGCUUGA